UUAAUUAAUUAAUUAUGAGAAAUUAUAUGACGAAUUUUAAAAAAUAAUCCGAGAAUGUUUCAAUCAACUAGAUCUACAUCUGAAACAUCGAGUCAAUCCAGUGGUAAUUCACAAGGAUUUCGAAUAAAAAGGUCUUCGUACACACGAAAAAGUCUUGACGAUCCUGAAAGCACUGAAAGUAGCGAUAAUGAAAACGACUUUGAACCUUUUUUAAAGAAAUCGUGGGAUAUUUACAGUGUGUCUCCUUUAUACAGAUUAGAUUAUUCGGACAUACAUCUAAAAAGAUGCUCAAAAUGGUUACGAGAACAAAUUGUAAAUUACGUUAGUGAAAAGAAGAAGGAUUAUGAGUACCUUGUCCAAUUUUCCUUGAUUAAAUCUCUGAAAAUUGGAGGUAAUAAAAACGAUUAUGUAAAGGUAGAAAUUCAAUCAAAAUCCGCUGAUAAAACAUCUAUAUUGUACGAAGGAAUAUUGUUAGCAACGAGAGAAAGACCACCUAAACUUCAUCCUGCAUUCACAUAUUUGCCAACAUUAAUGGCGCGAUGUUCACAGGACUCAGCAAAUAUUGUUCAUGGACUUCUACAAAAAUUAUUUGAUUGUAAAAUAUGUAAAUCUCAUUUAACUACGAUCGAUUUUAAAUGGUUGAUAGCAAUAUUUUGUACUGAUUUGCGUGUUUCAAAACCUGUGACUAUUUCGUAUACUAACAGAUUCAAGGAUGAAAAGAAUGCAAUAAAUCUGGAAAUUCCCUUAGACUCUUCAAAUAAAAUUUGGAAUAGAGUAAGAGGUGAAAAUGGUGAAAAUCUUACAGUAACAGCGGAAGAGGUUUUAGAAUUUCAUAGUUUAUUUAAUAAAAUUAUUGAAAAAUAUUUUGAAAUUAAUGUAGAAAGAUUACAUUUUACAAAAAUAAAAAUGUAUAAUUUUACAGUAUCUUAUCCUUUUAAAAUUCAAAUUAACGAUUCACGCUUAUUGAAAGAAUUGUUACUGUUUCAGGGGGAGGAUUCCAUCAUAUUUUAUUAAUAAUUAUAAUAUUAUUAUUUUAAUUCUAAUAUUGUAGGUCUACGAUCAAGCAUAGUUUUAGUGAGUCAUUUCAGGAAGACUGAAAAUCUUCCUCGGUGUUAGCUAGCAUCGCUCGCUCAAUCAUAAACCUAUUCCGCGUUUUGAAUAAAGCUAUCUCAAGUUUGAUCUGAUUUCAGAAAAGAUAGAACCGGUUUUAAUCGACAGGUGUUCCAAAAACAGAUAAUCGAUGUGCGAGCAUCCACAAUAGUAGUGGGGGGGCUAGCUAGUCCACAGAUGUAAUAGUUUUUUAACAAAUGUGAAAAUUUCAAUAAUGUGAUGCAUGAGUUGCAUUCAAUUACGUUUUUAUUCUGUUUAAAGCCGUUCUGUAUAGUUGAUUGUUUAUAAAUAAUUCUUUUUAAUUUGUUAUAAUGCGUUCACACUCUCAAAUGUGUUUGUGUGUACGAAUUUUUGUAAAAAUGUUAUAUUUUACGAUUAAAUAGAUAAAUGUUAA